AUGGCCAUAUUCGGCAUCUCGCAUACGGCGAACACGGUGGUCGGAAAUGACUUCAUCCGGGGGAUCAGUGGAGGAGAACGGAAACGUGUGAGCAUUGCCGAAGCAGUGCUGACCGACGCCGCGUUGCAAUGCUGGGACAACAGUACGCGCGGGCUGGACAGCGCCAAUGCAGUGGAAUUCUGCAGAACGCUUCGUACAGCCACCGAGCUUUUACAAUCCACCGUCCUGGUCUCCCUUUAUCAAGCGCCCCAGGAGGCAUAUGAUCUUUUUGACAAGGUCACGGUUCUGUAUGAAGGACGGCAAAUCUUUUUUGGACAGACAUCUCAAGCACGCGCAUAUUUUGAAGAAUUGGGUUUUGAGUGCCCCGAGCGGCAGACAACGCCGGACUUCCUCACCUCGAUGACCAGCCCGAAGGAACGUCUCGUGCGGCCGGGGUUUGAGGAUAAAGCCCCACGUACAGCAACAGAAUUCGAGGAAAGGUGGAAGAAAAGCAAACCGCACCAGCAGCUGAUGCUUUGCAUUGAGGCGUACGAAAGUAAGUUCAGCCUGGGAGGCGAAUGUCUGGACGAAUUUGUGGCCUCUCGCAAGGCCCAACAGGCAAGCGGCCAAAGAAAAAAAUCCCCGUAUACGCUGUCGUACAUGCAACAGACGUCGCUGUGUCUUUGGCGUGGUUGGAAGCGCUUGCUUGCAGAUCCCUCCUUGACGUACAUCCAGCUUGGAGGCAAUACCAUCAUGGCUCUGGUCUUGGGCAGCAUAUUCUUCAACCUACACAAUGACACGAACAGCUUCUAUGGACGAGGAGGGUUAAUCUUCUUUGCUCUUCUGCUGAGCGCCUUUGCCAGUGUUCUUGAGAUCUUGACGCUCUAUGAACAACGGCCGAUUGUGGAGAAACACAAUCGAUUUGCUCUUUACCACCCGUCUGCCGAAGCCGCCGCCAGCAUGCUGACUGACCUCCCGUAUAAAGUGCUUAACACGCUGUGCUUCAACCUCACGUUAUAUCUCAUGGCAAACCUACGGCGAGAAGCCGGGCCCCUGUUCUUUUUCCUUUUUGUUGCUUUCCUCAGCACGAUAGUGACAUCUAGCUUGUUCCGGACGAUUGCAUCCGUGUCCCGUACCAUGUCACAGGCGAUGGUGCCAGCCGCUUUACUGGUCCUAGGCUUGAUCAUGUACACUGGCUUCACAAUGCCAACCAUGUACAUGCCUGGAUGGUCGCGGUGGAUGGCCUAUGUCAAUCCGCUCAGUUACGCUUUCGAGUCUCUGAUGAUCAACGAGUUCCACAAUCGCAGGUUCUCGUGCUCGGUCGUCAUCCCCUCGGGGUCGGACUACAGCGCCAUCGGCAUCAAUAACCGGGCCUGUGCAGAGGUCGGAAACACUCUCGGUUCGACGACAAUCCAGGGAGACAUAUACAUCAGCGAAAAGUUCCAAUAUUACCAUUCCAACAAAUGGCGUAACGUGGGAAUCCUUAUCGCCUUCUGGGUUAUCUUCACGGUCAUCUACCUGGCCGCGACCGAGGUGCUCAACAUGGCUAAGAGCAAAGGUGAAGUUCUCAUUUUCCGCCGCAGCCAUUUCGUCAACAAAAAGUCAACACGGCGAAUGGCCGAAGUCGACGAUGAAGAGGCCCUCGGGGCCGAAAUGGUCACGAUGGCGCAGUCAGCCACAACAGAUGAGACGCACGCUCCCUCCCACAAUGGCCGGAUUCUCCAAUGGAAAGACGUGUGUUACGAUAUCAAGAAUAAAGGUGAGGUCCGGCGUAUCCUGGACCACGUCGACGGAUGGGUUCAACCUGGAACUCUGACCGCCUUGAUGGGUGUUUCUGGUGCCGGUAAAACAACACUCCUCAACGUUCUCGCCAACCGCGUCACGACCGGCGUGGUCACCGGCAGCAUGCUCGUCGAUGGCCUGCCCAUCGAUGACUCCUUCCAGCGCAAAACAGGCUAUGUUCAGCAGCAAGAUGUCCAUCUCUCAACCUGCAGCGUGCGUGAGUCCCUCGAAUUUAGUGCACUUCUCCGCCAGCCGGCGAGCGUAUCACAGGAAGAGAAACUCGCCUACGUGAGUGAAGUGAUCAGACUCCUCGAGAUGGAAGAAUACGCAGACGCCAUCGUUGGCAUCCCCGGUGAAGGGCUGAACAUCGAGCAGCGUAGACGUCUUACUAUUGGAAAUGAGCUAGCCGCGAGGCCCGAGUUGCUCCUGUUUCUGGACGAACCGACCUCCGGACUGGACUCGCAGACCUCGUGGGCGAUUUGCCAACUGCUGAAACGACUUGCACGCAGUGGUCAGGCGAUUCUGUGUACGAUCCACCAGCCGUCUGCCAUUCUAUUCCAGGAAUUCGAUAACUUGCUACUUCUCGCGAAAGGCGGCAAAACUGUGUACUUUGGAGAAAUUGGCAAGGACUCGGCCACUCUCAUCCGGUAUCUGGAGUCCAAUGGAGCAAGCCAGUGUUCUCCUGGAGCUAACCCGGCCGAGUGGAUGUUAACCGUGAUCGGUGCCGCGCCCGGAUCGCAAACCACUGUUGACUGGCCAAAGAUCUGGCGUCAUUCACAUGAGUAUCAGUCCGUCAAGGCGAAAUUUCACGAAAUCCAGACCUCGAGGACUACCACAGACGACAACCUACAAAUGCAGCCAUCCAAUCGGUCAAACAACGGGUCUUAUGCCGCAUCGUUUUCGCAUCAGUGGUGGUUCGUUCAGAAACGUGUUGCUGCGCAAUACUGGAGAACACCGUCGUACAUUUAUUCCAAAAUCGCCCUUACAGUGGCCUCGGCUCUAUUCAUCGGGUUCAGCUUUUACAAUGCGCAGAAUACCAUCCAAGGGCUCCAGAACCAGAUGUACGCCGUGAUGAUGCUACUCAGUAUGUUCGGACAGCUCAGCGAGCAGAUUAUGCCUCAGUUUAUCAACCAGCGGGAUGUCUAUGAAGCGAAUGAGGGGCCAUCCAAGGUAUAUGAUUGGAAAGUCUUGAUGCUGAGCAAUCUUGUGAUUGAGAUCUUCUGGAACACCUUGAUGGCCGUGAUGGCCUACUUCUGCUGGUACUAUCCCAUCGGACUAUACCAGAACGCCAUUUCCACGCACGAAGUCACCUCCCGCGGCGGUCUGGCGUUCUUAUUCAUCUGGGCCUUUAUGAUGUUCACCAGUACCUUUACGCACAUCCUCAUUGCUGGGAUCGACAGUGCCGAUUCGGCCGGGAGUGUUGGAAACAUCUGCUAUAUGCUAUGUAUAUCUUUUUGCGGCAUCCUCGUCAAAAAGACUUCCCUCCCCGGAUUCUGGAUAUUCAUGUACUACGUUUCCCCGUUUACAUGGCUCGCCUCCGGGCUUCUUUCGACCGGUGUAGCCAACACGGAGAUUUUCCUCCCGCCAGCAAGCCAGUCGUGCGGCUCGUACAUGACCUCCUACAUCUCGUCGUUCGGUGGGUACUUAAUCGAUCCAAACAACACCGAGCACUGUGAGUUUUGCCAACUGAGCAAUACGAAGGAGUAUCUCAGCACGGUCAAUAUCCGGUACGAGGAUCGCUGGAGGGAUUUCGGAAUUGUCCUGGUAUAUGUUGUGGUUAAUGCCGUGGGAGCUGUUGGUGUGUAUUGGCUGCUUCGGGUGCCGAAGAAAGGAGGGGGCUUGGGAAGCGGAAGGCAGAAGAAAGGCCAUGAGGGGGAAGAAGCACAAAAACAGAAUGACGUUGUAUAG